AUGCCUAUCGAAUUAAUCAAACAUAUAUUCAAUUUUUUCUAUCCCAGCGAGAGGGGGGAUCAAAAUCGUCCAGCUCAACCGCUGGUUGGGGACCUCAUUCCCUGCUAUGACCGCUCCGGUAAUGUAAUAGCUUAUCUUCCAGCCUCUGUGCAGACCGCUCGGCCAUCACAUGCUUUAAGUGCUCCACACAUUCCAACGACUCCUAUCACACAUAGAACUGUGCACUCCGCCUCAAACGCUCCAUCCCUCCCUCGACUCAUGAGACACCACUCCCAGGAGAUCUUUGAUCUUCGCACAGACACAAAACAUAUGCCACACCGGCGUACCCGAAGUGCUAGUCCUUCUACAGCCCGAGCAAAUCAACGCCGCGGUCCAGAUCAACCAUCCGACUCUCUACGUCCCAAAUCUGCCGCUGGUGACCAGAUCCUGACAGAUGACCUGUGGGACCCAUGGCCGGACGGAGAUUUUGAAAGGUUAUUCACGUGGGAUGAGGUAACAAAAACUAAUAAUCUCGCAUCCAAAAGAAGCAUUCUAUUGCGAUGGAUGCUCAACACAGCAGUCAAAAGCCGUGCUGCCAACCCGCAAGAGCAGCAGGAAGGCCACAAGCAAGAAGAAAAUGGCUCCGCUUCAUACGCGUCUGAUGUUUGUCUUUUGACCUGCAAAGGGGCUCUUGCUCGUCUUGGCAAGUAUUGGUAUCCUGUGCGGCUGAUUCAGUCCUAUGAGACUGCUAGUCUCCCUGCUACUGCACGCAACCGAGUACGCUGGCAGGUGAUUUGGUGGCGCGGUUGCAAAUUCCCAUCCAGUCUCGGACCACCUCCUAGUGAUGUCGAGCAAGGAGAUCUCGUGGACGAACUCUGGCAGGACCAAUCUAAGAGGCGUGAGAUUCGCCUCGGAGAAUGGGUCCACUCUUGGGAUACCCCUCGCGAAGAAGACUUGAUUCAAAAUUUUAUGUCAGCAGAACCAUCGAAAGAAUUGGACGACAUUCUACGACCUCAUAUUGCUUCGCUUCAGAAGCUCCUUGAUAGUCUUGACUUGAACCAGUGUGAUGCGGAGGCAUAUCCUGUGAUAGACUACAUCUUGCGGUCGAAGAAGAACCUAGAUGGUGUGGGUGCAUACAGCAUACCAUUUUGUGGCGACAUCUCAUCUCACGAGUAUGCAAAAAUCGCACGUUGGUUCGCUGAGAACAUUCCCGGUGCCUCCGGUCAAGUCGAAAAAUGGCUCGGUGGCAUGCCUUUAGUGCACGCUUUCACUCUCGUUGUUGCUCAUCGAAAGGCUGGUUAUUUCCAAAAACGCGUCGAAGCUCAGAACGAGGAAUGGAACAAUAACGAGCUUUUGAAGAUGGCUUGGGCUGCUCUCGAUUUCUGA